GGGCGGGGAAGAGGAGCUCAGGCCCCUGACUCACCUCGCCGUCCCAGGCUCCAGGCCUGGGUGGAGGGGGGAAGCGGCGAGGGGCGACCUGGUCAAGUGAGCUCUGCCGCCCACCCCUGGCUGUCCCUGGCCUCAUGAAGAGCGGGCACCAUGGACUCCUUCAAGGUGGUGCUGGAGGGGCCAGCACCUUGGGGCUUCCGGCUACAAGGGGGCAAGGACUUCAAUGUACCUCUCUCCAUCUCCCGGCUCACUCCUGGGGGCAAGGCAGCUCAGGCCGGGGUGGCUGUAGGGGACUGGGUGCUGAGCAUCGACGGCGAGAAUGCAGGAGCCCUCACACACAUUGAAGCCCAGAAUAAGAUCCGGGCCUGCGGGGAGCGCCUCAGCCUGGGGCUCAGCAGGGCCCAGCCUGCACAGAGUAAACAGCAGAAGGCCCUGGCCCCUGCCGCGGAACCCCCGCGGUACACUUUUGCUCCCAGUGCCUCCCUCAACAAGACGGCCCGGCCCUUCGGGGCGCCCCCACCAGCUGACAACGCCCCGCAGCAGAAUGGACAGCCGCUCCGGCCGCUGGUCCCCGAUGCCAGCAAGCAGCGGCUGAUGGAGAACACGGAGGACUGGCGGCCGAGGCCAGGGACAGGCCAGUCACGUUCCUUUCGCAUCCUUGCCCACCUCACGGGCACCGAGUUCAUGCAAGACCCGGAUGAGGAGCAACUGAAGAUGUCAAGCCAGGUGACCAGGACAGAAGCCCCUGCCCCAGCCUCAGCUCCAGCCCAGGACCCCUGGCCUGGCCCCCCUACCCCUAGCCCCACCAGCCGCCCUCCCUGGGCCGUGGACCCUGCAUUUGCUGAGCGUUAUGCCCCGGACAAGACUAGCACCGUGCUGACCCGCCACAGCCAGCCUGCCACACCCACGCCUCUGCAGAACCGGACCUCCAUCGUGCAGGCCGCCACGGGAGGCAGUAACGGCAAGACACCUGUGUGCCACCAAUGUCACAAGGUCAUCCGGGGCCGCUACCUGGUGGCGCUGGGUCAUGCCUACCACCCUGAAGAGUUUGUGUGCAGCCAGUGUGGCAAGGUCCUGGAAGAGGGCGGCUUCUUUGAGGAGAAAGGCUCCAUCUUCUGUCCACCCUGCUAUGAUAUGCGCUACGCACCCAGCUGUGCCAAGUGCAAGAAGAAGAUCACAGGCGAGAUCAUGCACGCUCUAAAGAUGACCUGGCACGUGCAAUGCUUCACCUGUGCCGCCUGCAAGACACCCAUUCGAAACAGGGCUUUUUACAUGGAAGAAGGGGUGCCCUACUGCGAGCGAGACUACGAGAAGAUGUUUGGCACCAAAUGCCGUGGUUGUGACUUCAAGAUAGACGCCGGCGACCGUUUCCUGGAGGCGCUGGGCUUCAGCUGGCAUGACACGUGCUUCGUGUGUGCGAUCUGUCAGAUCAACCUGGAAGGAAAGACCUUCUACUCCAAGAAGGAUAAGCCCCUUUGCAAGAGCCACGCCUUCUCUCACGUGUGAACCCCGCCCACCCAAUGCGUCCCGCCUGUUGUGGGAGGGGCUGUUGGCUCUGACAUAUCCCUGAGAUACUGGGUAGGUUGGCAAUGGUCUUCCCAGCCCAGACUCCUGGCUUGUGUCGGGGGUUCCCUAGAUCCUGCCUCACCCCCUCACCUCCUCACCCACUCCCCACCAUCACACCUAAGUGCUGGCCACACUGCCCCCUGUUCACUUCCAGUGCCACAAUAAACCUGUAUCCAGCUGUG